AUUACGCUGGAUUCAGCGCACAGCAGGCUAUGGCGCUUCCUGACUGGAUGGUAACGUUGGCGGUCGCUGCAUCCUUCUUCUGUUUUUUCUGUUUGUUUGUUCGGUACAGGCGGACCACAUCAGCGUUUUGCAGGAAACUAUUUAGCUGGAUAAUGGCUCGAACAGAGAAGCCAUUGUUCCGAAUCGCGUACACACUGUACACAAGAACCAGACUGGGUUAUAUCUACUACAAGAGGCAAAUGAGGAAAGCGAGGGCAAAUUAUCCUGCUGGGCAUUCCACCACUCAUCCCAUGGAGUUCAAUGGUGUAAAAAUAAUUCCCAUCUCAGUGCUGUCCGACAACUACAGCUACCUUGUAAUUGACACGGCCUCCAGUGUUGCAGUUGCUGUAGACCCUGCAGACCCUCAAAAAGUUCAGACAGUGCUUGAGGAAGAGGGAGUAAUGUUAGAAGCUAUACUGUGUACACAUAAGCACUGGGACCACAGCGGCGGCAACAAAGGUCUCAAAAGGCUUCACGGCUCAUGUCACGUGUACGGAAGCGCAGCUGAUAACAUUCCAGGCCUCACACACGCCCUCUCACACAGAGACUCAGUGAGAGUUGGUCAGAUGCACUUUAAGGCCCUGUUCACUCCUGGACACACAGUGGGCCACAUGAUCUACCUCCUGGAUGGCCAAGCAGUUGGUGCCCCCUCCAGCCUCUUCUCUGGUGAUCUGGUGUUCCUCUCAGGAUGUGGGAGGAUGUUUGAGGGCAGUGCCACAACAAUGCUCUCAUCGCUGGACACAGUUGGUUCCUUGAGUGAUGAUACUUUACUGUGGCCAGGUCAUGAGUAUGCAGAGGACAACUUGCUGUUUGCUGCUGAGGUCGAGCCACGCAAUGCUGCCAGGGAGGAUAAAUAUCAGUGGGUGCUGCAGCAACGAGGCCAGAAGCUUUGUUCAUGCCCCUCCACCAUCGGGGAAGAGAGGCAGUACAAUCCUUUCCUACGCAGCCACUCUGCAGAGCUUCAUCAGGCUCUGGGGAUCCAGCAAUUCCAGGAUGAAGACUGGACCCAGUUCAGGGCAAGGGUCUUAGAAGAGCUAAGAAAACGCAAAGACAUCUACAACAGGAGGUAGUAAAGCCAAGGACUGCACUAAAUAACAGAGAAAAGACCUGCACCUGAUGGUUGGUGGGAAUCUGUGAUCCUCUUUAAAGUGUCCUAAUAAGACCAAUCAUGAAUGGGCAUUCAGACAUUUUGAGCUGAAUCUGUGACCAAAAUGAAGAGAGUUACAUCUUUAUUAUUUAAUCAUGUGUUAACAUAUAAUAGUCAUAUUUUUUUCUUCACGGGCUGUAGUUUAAUAAUAAACUUGUUCUUGUUCAGAACAUUGCACAUUUAUCACAUAGUGUCAUACACAUAAUAAUACACAUAAUGUAGAUAUGCAUGACUGAUGUUUGGUUAUUUUACAAGUAGGUACAAUCAGGUUUCUGUUUUUGGUACCUUAAGUAAUUCAGCUGGUAAGGUACUGAUUUGUUUGAUGUCUAGUUACCACUCAUAAGACUUUUUGUUGAUAAUAUGUAACACACAGCUUUUCUUUGCAGGCCUUGUUUAACAUUUACAGUCCUGCUCAGUUUAUUUCACUGAGAGUUUAGGACAUUUUGGGAUUGAUGUGUUUGGUUUUGAAUAUUUUUGAAUAUAAACAUCAAAGGGUAUGGUGCAUUUAAUUUAAUUUAACAAAUCCUAUAAUAGGGUGAUUUUUGUUUGCGCUUCACCAUUUAUAGUUAUAGUGAUAGUUAGGAUUUGAUUUGAGCCAAAGGAGAAAAAAAAAAAAACCUGUUUUCUUUUAAAGAGUAUUUUUUGUGUGUUCAUCAGUGAAUGUUUUCUUUUUUUCUCAACUGUGACCAUGCUUGAAGUUUUUUUGUGUGGGGAUGUGUGAAGUGCAUUCAAGUAGUCAGUGUCUUAUCUGCAGUAGACACCAAUCAGAACUCUCCCAGUGUAGAGAGGCACAAAGAAACUGUGACAAAUGGGCUAAACUAGCUACUAAAACUGGGCAAUGUAAAGAAUAUUUAUAAUAUUUAACAGAACUCUGUGUGAAUUAAGGCUAUAGUACCUGUAUUUAGUUUAUAGAAAUGUUGCUUAAGUGACAUAAUGUAAAAAUCCAUCAUACAUAGCACCUUCCACAAAGAUCAAUGUGAAAUAUAUAUAUAUGCAGCGACGAGCCCGCAGGCCCCGCCAGAAGCCAUCUACACCCGAGCAGAUCCAGCCAUGGACCCAGAGACCCAAGACCCCGGGACAUUUCACUCCCCAAGCAGAGGCUCGACGGAGCCUAAUGGUCCAGGUCCCGGCAAGCAGCCACCGGGAGUGAGUUAGCUCCCAGCCCCAGACACCGAGAACCACAAGUACACCAGUGGGCAGAGACACCAACCGCCAGCAGGUAGUGUGGCGGGGAGGAAAUACUGAUCCAGGAGAGGGAGCAGUCCAAGACCCAACCUGACACAAAAACAAGCACACACAAUCACACAUAGAAACAGGCACAAGACAUGCUCCCCCGUCCCACCCACCCGACUGCCAACCGGCGCCCGGCCAGGGGCCCGAGCCACAGAAGGAAGCAUUGGAGGAAGACCACCACAGCAGGCCAAGAACCGGGCACCCUGCCAACCGCACACCCAAACCCCGGAGGUCCCCCAGGAUGCUGGCGACUCACCCUCCCACACGGAACAAUAAUUAAAAAGUUUACAGCAACUGGAACUGUGACAAACAAGGCUGGUAGUUUUUCUUGGUAAGAGAGGAGAUGGAGAGGAUGGUAAGGAAUGUAAUAAAUAUAACUCUAAAGCAUUGAGUUAAGGAACUGCAGUAAUAUAAGAUGAAUUUGUCUUCAGGUUUCAUAUCGAGUUUUAACAGGGGUGGCAAUAAAUGUGGAGCAUGCUCAGUUCUGCAGAAAUGUUCUUGUGGUUUCACUUGUACCAGGUGCCAAAACACUUUAGGCCUCCUGUUGAGUCUUGGCUUGCAUAUUAUUGACAUAUUCCCACCAUGAUCAUCUAAUUUCACAUAACUCAGAUUGCUGUUAUUUACAAGUAAACACUGUUAUUGAAAGUACUUCCCUCAUUUCCCUUUCUAAAAAAACAGAAAUAAUACUUUAAACCUUAAAAUACUUCAGUCCAUGAAUGUGAACUGAACACCUGUGAAGGUAUUGUGAUGUAAAUUCUAUAACCUGAAGGGAGUGUUCCCAGUGUUGUAUGGGAGCCUGUAAAACCAACACUGCAAACACUGCAUUAAAUAUGAAGAUAAUUGCAUUCAAACUGGUGUUAAAGAAUUUCUAGACAUGCAUGUUUUGCAGCAAAAGAUUUCAGACAAGUUAAAGAGUGUUAUUUGCAUCGGUCUUUCUCUUUGAAAGAUAAAACUUCAUUGACUGAAGGAAUGCUUAAAAAUGUAGAUACCAAACGUAUUUAUAUUAAUAGAGGUGAAAUGGCAAAUGUAUUGUUACUGAACUAUCACGGUACAGAUGCUAUUUGCGGCUACAUGCAGUCAGAUAAAGAAUAUGUUGGUCACUCAUCCAAAAGAGGAUGCAUUUGUGCUUUUAUCACUUUUUGUUAAUUUUCAUGACAGAAAUUGGGUUGAUUACGCUACUAGCUAAGGUACUCCACAACAAACUGAUGCAGAGAUGACUGAUAACAAUGACACACAAGUUAAACACCAGGCUUCUUGUUUUUAAUUAGCAGAUCACAGAAUUAGAGUUUCCAGUGAUAUGGCAACAGUGGAUUGAGAGCAAUGUUAUAUGGCGAGUUUAAUGUCCUAAUGACACCCUAAAAGAUAGAGUUAUUUGUGUAUUCAUUUAAGUCUUUGUUCUCAGGCAACUUUUUCAUUAAAUACGCCUGUAGGAACCGGCAGACUCAUCUAGAGGACUGUUCAGUGGUAUGUCACCUGAAUAACAGUUUACAUUUUAUUGUCUAGCAGUGUUAAGUUAUUCAGUUCUUUACUGCCUUUUAUUUUGCAUGAGGUUGAGGCCAAAAAAGUCAAAACAAACAUUUUAGGAUGUGAUUUUUAUUAUUUUGUAAAUGUUUUUUUCAUUUUAAAGUGAAUUUGCCUGCUACCUUAGAGCCCCUUCAUGGCUAAGGUUGAUUUAUAUUUCUUUGUUUCUGGCUUUAUGUUUUGCAUUACACCAUAACAAAGAAAUAGCCUAAGGGAUUUGUUAUGAUGUGACAAGAACUGACAUUUGUUAGUAAAGUAUACUUUUGGUCAUCUUUCCUGUUAGCUCAAUAGGGUGAUUUACUAUGGUGAAACGUUAUCAAAUCUGUGAGAAAUGUACAAUAAAUAUUAUUUUUAUUGUA